AUGAGAGCUCCUAAGGCGUGGUGGAUGGUCGCUGCAUGGUGCGGUUGCGACGGAGAGAGUGCGGAGACGGUAAUUUCGAAGAUGUCCCUCCUUGAGGAACAAGUAAGAAUGUUCGAUCCGGAGGUGGUCUCGGCUCUCAUGGGGUCAUCAUUCAUCGAGGCUAUUGAGGAGGAAGAUCGAGAUGCUGAGGCAGUACAGAAGCAUCUCACUGAGGAGCGAGCUGCUGACUCGCACUUCCUCAAGUGGUUUGAUGACUCUCAUUACGAAGAACAUAAUCACGGACCGUUAAAGCCUUACCACCCCGAGGUUAAAAUACGCCGGGCAUUCGAUCGGCUGAAGGAGUUCCUAGACAUGGCCGGACAGGACAUCUUUGGGAAUCUUCGUCAACAGAAUGCGAUACUGGGAGAACAGUUCGCAUCGUUGUUGGAGAGGACGGUCGGAGAUAGCAUGAUAGAAGACCUGAAGGCUCUGAUGGAGGUCUUUACUGCGGAGUUGGAGCUGCUAGAUAAGACUGCAAAGAACUACAAGACGGAGGCUCUGGCUCAAAGUGAUAGGGGCGAGAAGCUGAAGGUGGAGAGUGUGAACAUCGUUAAGGAUGUAUCGGACAAGUGGGACAAGCUGAGUGAUGCCACAACGGAGGGGGAGGCCAGAGAUAUCCUUCGAGAGAACAGCGAGAAGGUUAAGACACACCUGGCCAAUAUCAAGGCAAGCCCGUUGAUGACAGAUGUCAAACCUGAUUCUAAGAAGGAGUUCUUCACUGAGAUGGCAGGGGAGUUGAUCGGACAGAUGCGGUCCUAUGUCCCUACUAGUGAUAAACGGGUCGAGGAUCCCGACCAUCUGGCUGACAUUCAGUGGUCAGUUGGCACGCACGGCUUCGCCUCUAGGGCUAACGACCUGCACGCCUUCAUGGACCUGUUGGCCAAGUUGCAUGUGCUGUUGAAGGAAACAGCGGCGAAGAUUCGCUUGGACACCUACGUGGGAAAAGGGGUCUACACCAUGCCCUGGCCAAAGGGGAAAAGGGAUGACCAGCAGGAAGAGGGCCGCAUUAGAGCUCUCCUGGGGAAGUACCAUUCAGUGUUGGGAACCAAUGAUCAGGAUGAGUACUAUGCGGAGAAGAAGAAGCGGUUGGAGCCGCUGCAGAUGUUCUCGAGAAAGUAUGGCACUCAGGGGAAGCUGAUAGGAGGUGGAGGAGGAAAGCAGGAUAGGGGUGUGGGAGGUGGCAGCUCCGCGAAGCAUGAGGAGGAAGGGGAGGAAACAUCCUUCAUUGAGGUGAAGAAAGGUCUUGAUUUGGAGAAGCUCGUCCAGGAGGUCUCGAAGGACAUGGUCAACUCGGAGGCUGCAGUGGCGGAAGCCGACGCGGAAUUAUCGAAGAAGGGUGGCACGAAGGUCUCUGUUGACGACGAGGAGGAGCGUAGCCGUGCUGAGCAGAAGGGCCGUGGAGAGCAUGAGAUUGGGGAACACCAUGGAGGAGGAGAAGAGGAGGAGGAAGAGGAGCACGACACCAUGGAUGACGAUGACCACGAGGAGGGUGGUGCAGAUGGGAGGGACAGACACGAGGACGACCACCACCACAGUAGUGUUGCACCCGGGUCUGAUGCUGCCCACAAGGCUGGAGAUGGUGGGCAUGGAAGUGGUGGCAAUGAUGACCAUCAUGUACACGAGCACGAGGAUAUUGGAGAUCAGCAAGGCAGCGGUGAAUACGACUAUUUGGAUGGCGUUAAGGAGCUUUUUGAUGAAGACCAAGAGGGCAAGAAGGAAGGCUCUUCGAGCUUUGUGGAGAGGCGGGUUGAGGUGUCUGUUCAUGGCGCACAGACGACGAAGACACCGAAACGGCCGACCAAGGCCUCUGGUAGCCUCCUACAGGCAGGCCCGGGUGGAGGUGACGAUGAGGAGGAGAUGGAGGAGGACGGCGGUGAGGAGGAUAUGGAGUUCGCGGGAGAUGAUGAGGAGGAGGAGGAACAUGGCGCCGGUGAUGGUGAUGAUGAUGAAGAGGAGGGAGACCAUGGUCAUGCUGGUGAUGAUGGAGAGGGGACGACGAAUCAGCAGCAGGGGGAGAGCGUGGAUGGUCAGGGAGAAGAGGGUAACCAUGCUCAUUAUGAUGUAGAAGGACUAGACCAGGGAAUAGGAGAAGGGGAAGCAGGCGAUGGCAAGGCGGAGCUCCUAGACGUUCGGCUGACGAUGGAAGGGUCCGUGCCAAUGACAGUAGAUGCUCUUAAGAAGAGUGAAGAGCACCCCAAGGAGAAUAUGGAGGAACAGCAGGACGUUUUGCUGGUGAAAUAUCAAGUGCUGGUAUCAAGGAUCGAUGGGGCGAUCAAUGCUUUGAGGGCAACUGGCAUGAUCAGGGACUCACUGCUUGCCUUUGCUGAUAGGAUUGAGGAGUCUAGUAGUAAUCUGAUUGAGAAAAUGUGGCUGACAAAUAAGAAGGAGGUGCGCCGUAUCAUAGGCGACAAGGGAGUGUUGAAACUGGACGAGAUCAAUCCCUCUGAGUCUCGGAAGCACGUGGUGAAUGCUUAUGAGAAGCUGGUGAGGAUGUACGUAUUGAUUGAGAAGGCUCGGGCCGCCUGGAAACUUGUUGGGCCUCAGUACAGCGAGUGGGGCUCCGAGGAUCGCGAAGCGGACGAGUCAGCAUUGGGAGAGCCAGAGGCGGCAUCAGCUGUGGGAGUACCUGGGAUCGACGACUAUCGUACGAGGUCUUCCAAGACGGCAGGGAAUGUGUGGUACGUGAUGAGAGAUCGGUACUUUGGGGAGAAACUGUGUCAGUGUCUGUUGGACACAGAACAUGAUGCUCUGAUACACAACAUACGCAAGGCCAUGGAGGUUCCGGAGGAUGCCUGUGAUCCGGCUACUAUCUGGAGUGAAGGGCAGGUGAUACCAGAGAUCAACAUCGAAGAGGAAGAUCCGAAUGAUCACGAGCUGCAAGGCAAGGUCACGCCAGAGUCGGAGGAGACAGAUGUCUAUCCAUCUACGGCCUCCUCUGCUGCUAGUAGCGAUGGAGGGCAGGUCAUGGAGGAGAGUGAUGAGAGAGACUCUACGAUGACCAUGUCAUUGGGGCCUCCAACCAGUAGCGACUAUCCCAGCGCCAACACCAGCUCGCUGGAAGAAUCGUCCGUGGAUGUUUCGAGUGUGAAUAUUGACGCGGUCUUGGCAUCAUCGAACCAGGCAGUGACAGCUGCCAGGCCUUCCUCUACGUUUCGUGGCUACUCUGAAGAGGUGGUCAGGGCUGAGCUCAGCUUGCGGGAUGCGGCCAUACAGGACUUGCAACGUGGUCUCUCUCUCAAGGCUACGGAGGUGAAGCGUCUUGAGAAUGAGCGCGACUCGUUGGUGGAGGAGCUCGGGAAGGAACGGGCUGCUAGGGAAAGAGCAGGGCGAAUGGAAACCGAAGCUCAGCGGCAACUAGGAGAAUUGAAAUUAGAUUAUGAAAUGUCGCAAACCUCCCUGCAGGCCCGGGUCCAAUCUUUGGCGGAGUCGUUGAGAGCCUCUGAAGAGAAGUGUGCUGAGCUGGAGGGUUACGGUAUGCGGUACAAGGCAGUUGAAGACGAAGUAAAGAGGCUUCGAAAAGAACUCGAGGAAGCUCGAGAGGUCUCCUCAGCUUCGGCGGCCAGUCUGCAUAAGCUCGCUGCGGAGAUGAGCUCACAGGCUGAGACAUUAGCCCAGGCUCAAAGUGAGCGAGACCUGGCUCGUCGGGAUCGAGAUGCAAUAGAAAGGCAGAUGAAGCACUUGGAGAUGGAGUGUGAGAGGAAAGACAGGGACUUGGAGGCUGCGGAGGCGAAGUUGAGCGUGGUGAAAGCCAGAAAAAGGGAGCUGGCUGCUGCGAACGAGAGGGACAGUGCUACGACGGUUGCUGAGGCUCAGAGGAGGGUGGAUGCCGAGAUUGCGCGGCUGACUGAGAAGCAGGAGAGGGAGGUCAGUCAGAUCAGUGUUAUAGCGGUCAAACAGCGGCUUGUGGAACUCCACUCUAGGGAGAUCGAGGGGCUCAGGGCUCAGCUGGGCAUGGCUGAAUCAGCUCGAUUGCAAGCCUCGCGGAGAGCUGAGGAGUUGGAGGCAACUUGUGAUGAGUUGAAGGUUGCUCACGCUCGCUCUACUGCGGCUCUCCAGCGUGAGCUCGUUGAGGCUCAAGGCAUGCUGCAGUUACAAGUGAGUGGAUGGACAUGGGACAAGAUUAAUAUCCCCUCACUGGCAGAGGUUUGA